AGAAAAAACUCUGUGAAGAAACCUUGAGAGGAACCAGACUGAAAACAAACCCUUUCCUCAUCCUCAACAUCAAAUGUCCAUUUAUUAAAGUUCCAGUAUUGUUGAGGUUCUGCUCAGUGAUCACAGGAGUGCAAACCAACGGGCUUUAGGACCAGGUAGACUACAAUCGCCUCAAACCAGGCAGCCAAUCGGAGCUCACGCUGCAACGUAAACCCCUCGCGUCCAAUCACAUGCAUGCGUGCACGGCGUUUGAUCAACGCGACGACCAAUCAGAGAGCUCUGAGCGCGUCUAGACCCUGACUACAAAGGUCACGUGGUAGCAUUUCGCGGCAAAGUUUUAUAGUGUACUGGGGGUGAAGUUUGUUCAACAGCUCCACAAGCUGCAGGUCUGCGGUGGUUCUCCGGUGGGUUUCUGCUUGUUUCACAGGCAGCCAUGGCUCAGGCUCGGGUCACUGAUUAUUUCUCACAGUCCAAGAGAGCAGGUGUCGAACGGACCCUGCGAUCGAAGUCCCAAAAACCAGGCGCUGGAGAGGAGAAGGUGUCUGAGAGGAACAUCUCCACAACAACAACAAGGAGAAAGCCGCAGAGGAGCAGCCGCUCCGCACGCACACCGCUCAUCGAGGACCCCGAACAGCUCCGGCACGUACAGGAGGAGUUCCUCAGGGUGAUCGAUGAGGCCGUGUCUGCACCCGAUCACUCCGAGGGCAAGACGGAGCUCCGGAGCUCGGAGAAGGAGCCCGAGUGUCCCCGGACCCCGAAAAGGAAUUCUACCGAGGCGGAGUUCGAUCUCAGCUCGGCCGUGUUCUCCUCCGCCACCGAGCAGCACAGCACGGCGAAAAAGAGGCUCCGGUUGGCGGCCACGAAGCAGCUGGACACGGCCAGGAGCGCUGAGGAGACCGGGAAGAAAACAGCCAGGAAGAAGCUCGUGCUUUCCAAACACGAGGAAACCGAAAAGGAACCGGUCAGUCCAGCCGUCCCGAAAGAUCAGAAAGGUGUAGAUUCGAAAGCCUCACCUGCGAACACUGUGAGCGCUCCCAAGCAGUCUAACGCCAACAAGAAAACGUUUUCCAGAGACGACGUGGUUUCGUUGAAGGCUCGUCUGCAGAAGCUGAAAGGACGCGCCGAGGAGACGAGUUCCCCGAACCCGGCGCCCGUGUCUGCUCUCGCUGAGCUCAAAGCCCGACUGGACAACGCCAGAGAGCUCGCAGCCAAAGCACAGCAGAGGAAGGAGGAGAGAGCGGUCGAGGAGGAGAGAAGCAAAGAGGAGGAACGAGACCACAAAGUGGAUGAAGGUGAAAAGCUUCCUGCGUAUCAGCGCUACCACACACUAGCUCAGGACGUUCCUCCAGGCCUCACGCUGCCCUUCAAAUACAAGGUCUUAGCAGAAAUGUUCCGCAGCAUGGACACCAUCGUCGGCAUGCUCUUCAACCGCUCGGAGACGGUCACCUUCGCCAAGGUCAAACAAGGAGUCCAAGACAUGAUGCACAAGCGUUUUGAAGAAUCUCACAUCGGACAGAUCAAGACGGUUUUUCCUUCAGCCUACGUCUUACGGCAGGAGAAAAACAUCCCGACCUUCAGCUCGACGCUGAAGAAAUCCACCUACCAGCUCACCGUGGAGCCGCUCAUCGAUGAAGGAACACACGGCGUCCGUCCCGUCCUGUCUGCUACUCGUCUGCUGGAGAGGAGAAGCACAUUUCAUCAGAACCUGGUUGAAAUCGUCAAGGGACACCAUAAGGUCUUCCUAGCUUCGCUAAACCCCCCUGUAGUCGUCCCUGAUGAUAAAUUGACCCGCUGGCACCCCAAAUUCAACGUGGACGAGGUGCCCAACAUCCUGCCCAGCGACUUUCCGCAGCCUCCGCAGACCGAGAAGCUCACCACGGCUCAGGAAGUUCUGGACAGAGCUCGUGCCCUCAUGACCCCAAAGAUGGAGAAGGCUUUGGCCAACAUGGCCUUGAAGACGGCCGAGGCGGCGUGUUCAAAAGACAGCGAGGCUCCGGGAGCAAUGUUAAAACCAGCGACGACACCCAUCCAGACUCCUGGUGCCCUCAAAGGAGUGUCUCAGUCCCUGCUAGAGAGAAUCCGGGCUAAAGAGGCUCAGAAGCUGCAGGUGACGAUGACCCGGAAACCCGAGCAGGAGGAGCGUCUGGGGAUGAUGUCACGCCUGCCGGAGAUGGCCAGGAUCCUGAGAAACGUCUUUGUAGCGGAGAAGAAGCCGGCACUGAUCAUGGAGCUGGCCUGCAAUCGCAUGAUCGCCAGCUAUCGCUCUUCUCUCAGCGCAGGUGAAAUGGAGAAACAUCUGCGUCUGCUGGUGGAGCUGGCUCCGGAGUGGCUCUCGCUGCAUCCCAUCAGAAAGGACUUUUACCUUAAGCUGAACAAGAACACCAACAUGCACCUGGUUCUGGAUAAGCUGAAUCAGAAGAUGAAGGAAGAAGAGAGGCUCUGAGGAUGGCAUGUGCAAUGGGACGAUUCACUGUUUUUUUUUUAUUUUUUUAUUUUUUUAAAUCCCCGGACUGGAUACAGUGUGAGUUCCUCCAUGUUUUGAAGGUCAGGAGAUGGAUGGAGAAGUGGGAGUGUGUGAGAGCAAUGUUUAUAACUGGAUGUAGCAGUUGGUGUGCAUAGUGUAAUUUUUUUUUUUUUUUAUCAUCUUGAACAGUUUGUUAAAGUUUCUUUUUUUGAGCUCAUGUUCGAGACUUGAGGGUCCAGUAGAAGCUCAUUGGACGAGUUGAGUCUGAUUUUGAUAAAUGGACAUUUAAUAAACAAGCUGUUUUCCAACUC